AUUAAACUUUGUUUUGUUAUUCUAUUUUUAUGCUCUAGUUUAAAAUUAUUUAUUUUUAGUUUUAGUCUAUAAAAUAAAUUAAAAAUAACUUUGUGCAAUAAAAGUGUUUGGGUUCUACCAAUUAGAGAAGCCGUAGUAUUUGUUAGGAAUACAAGAAUAUAAAGAAUAUAUCUUCAAGUUAGAAGGCUAUGAAAUGUCUCUAAACCAGUCUCGAGGAUGCCCUGUAUCAGUGGGCAAUACUAUUUGUGGAGAAGCAAACUCCCUUGAUAUCAUGAAAGAGUUUAAUCGACUUUAUGAGGAUAAGAUGCAGCAAGUAGACUCUGAAGCUGGUGGAGACUGCUCACAGGAGAAAAUUAAAUUACAACAAGAAUGGAUAAGAAAUUUAACACAGCAAAAUGAAAUGUUGGUUAAAGCAGUACAAGAACUUGAAUAUGAAGCUACAGAGAGAGUAAAACAAUUAGAAGACAAACUUCAGAAAAGUGCUCAGUGUUUAUGUGAAGUGAUGAGAAAAUACAGAGAACAUGAUUUUACAACAGACUUAUUAAGUGAGCCUUUGCAGAAAAUAUCUAAUUUGGAAGAUGACAUAAGAAACGUUUUAGAGUUUAUUCGCAGAAUAAGAGAGAAUGGAGAUUGGAAUACUGAUGGUCUGUUUUUUCACAAGAUUAAAAAUGUAGAUCUGCUAGGAACCAAUACAGCAAGUGUUAAAGAGAUUACAACAACAAGCGGUACUGAUGAGGGUGAAAAAUUGUUAAAUGAAAAAGAGAGGACUGUUAUUGAUUUGACGGAAAAACUGCACUACUAUAAAACCUUUGGAGAUGUGGAGAGUAUGGCUAAGGAAUUAGAAUGUAAACGAGAAGAAUACAAUUCUUUGAAAGAAACUUCACAAGUUAUCAUUAGACAAAAAGAAAAUUUAUCAGAGAAGAUUAGUACAGUAGAGAAAGAGAAUUUGUCUUUGAAAGAUACGCUGCAAGCGGAAAAAGGACGCAUUGAAGAAUUAGAAGGACAAUUUAAAGAAUUUCUGAUAAGUAGAGAUGAUUUGAAGCAUAAAAAUAAGAUUCUCGAGAAACGAAUUAAACAACUUAACAAAGAAAAGGAAGGCGUGGCCUGCGAAUGCGAAGCUUUAAAGGGAGAAUUAAGAAUUGCUCACCAAGAAAAUGAUAAACUAUUGGCUGAUAUUCGUAACACACAUGGACAACUUAAUAAUAUUCGAUUGGAAUCGGCAAAGUGUCAGUGUGCCAUGAAGGAUAUCAUUGAAGAGAAUAAGAAAGCUAUUGAGCAAAUUCUGACUUUGAACGAAGAGAACAGAACUUUAAGUCAUAGCAUAGAGGUUUUGAGGCAGAGAAAUGAAGUAACCACUAGCUUUACCCAAGAUGAGAUAAGUAAACUAACUGAUACAAUUGAAGAAUUACAUUUAAAUUUAGAGAGGACAAAAAUUGCCCAAGAAGCAGAAGAGAGGAGCCAUCAAAAUGAAAUAGCGGAACUGAAUAAUACUAUUCAUAGUUUGGAAUAUGACAUAAAAGACCUUCAGGAAAGAUCGGAUAGGGAAACAAAGAUAUGCAAAAUAUGCCGAGGAAGAUCGAAGGUGGGGUUCUUGGAAACGACAGAGGUGCAAGUCAGUUUGGGGACUAAAGAAUCCGAAAUACGCAAGGCUUUAGAUGAAGUGAAUCAUUUAAAAUCAAACAUGAGGGUUGAGAUCGAGAGAAAAGACGACGAGAUAAAGUUGUUAAGGUCUAAAGUGAACGAACUGGAGUUGGCGUUAAGGUCUUGCGAAGAGCGAGCUACCAACCUUCAAGAAGCGGUUACACUUUAUUCGAAUUCUAUAAAUAUACUGGAGUCUGCGGAAAAGCAAGCUAACGUUCAGAUUCAACAACAAAAAGUGACUAUAACAAACCUUCAACAAGCAUUGGUAGCGGCAAAACAUGAAUUGGAAGAAAUAACUAAAAAAUACCAGGACAACAUAUUUCAGGAAUUUAAUGGCCAAAAGAUUAUUAAAAUGCUAGAAAGUGAAUUAAAUGACGUUCAAUAUGAAUACGACGCUGUAAGAUAUCAAUUGGAGUUAAUUAGUACUGAACAUCAACAAUUACAAGACAACAGUUUUGACUUAGAAGUGGACCACUGUGAUAGUUUGCAAGAUAUAGAUAUGUUAGAGGAUCAGUUAAACAAAUAUAAAAGUAUAUUAAAGGGAACUGAGGCCGAGUGUAAUCGUUUUAAAGAUCAAAUUAAAAAACUUUCCAAACAGAAAUGCUGUUACGAAGAGAUUAUUACUUAUUUUAAGCAUGAGAUGGGUUUAAUGGCUGAACAACUCAAUAAUCUACAAGAAUUAUUGACACUUUCAAACGAAUCGGCCCAUCAAGAAUCAAGUAAAAUUAUGCAAGCGUUCACGGAAGUGCAGACAUUAAACGAAAAAUUAUCUAACCAGUUGUGUGCUUGCGAAGAAAAAGUCCAGCUCGAAUCUCAAACCAAUCAGCUUCACGAGGCGAAGAUCACCGAACUUCAGCAACUCAUCAACGAGAAAGAACUGGACUUGACCAAACACGACCGAGCAAUCUUAAACAUUCGUCAAACUCUCAACGAAUCGUUGAAACAAAACGAGGAACUGCAAAACACUAUAUUUGAGCUAAACAAAACCAUACUCGAUUUGCAAGAGGCAGUGAAAAGAUACGAACAAGAGAACGGCGAUAGCCGGAAAAGUACUAUGGAAUUCCAACAGCAAAUAGGAAGCUACUGUAACAGAUUGGAGGAAUUAAAAAGAGGCAUGGACGACAAAAAUGCAGAAUGUCUAAAAUUGGAAAUGGCUUACAAUAACGAGAAGAGAGCUUUGAAAGCUGCACAAAAGCAACUUCAGGAAACGGAAAGGCAACAGCAGGAAAAUCAGAUGGAACUGAUUGGUUCUUUGGAAGACUUAAAGCGUAAAUUGGCGGAUAGUAGUGAGAACAAUAAUAAAUUGUCCGAGGAGUGUGAGACGUUGCAGAAGCAGUUGGCAAAUUUGACCAGAAAAGAAGCUGUAAAGGAUUUGGAGAUAAAGAGAUACAGGAAAAUUGUAGGAGAUUUGAAAAAAACUAUGAUGGAACUUAAUUCCGAGUUAAACAAAAACUUGAUUCAAAAAGAACUUAAAGCAAGUUGUAAAAGUAGUACUUGUAAUCGAAGUAGUGAUCAGACGUCUAAAAGCCAAGAGAUUUGCGAUAGUUGUCCAUGUGAAGUUGAGUUCUACCACAGAAUGAUAGAUAUGCUCAAAAAAUCGGUGAUUGAUUUGAAACGUUUGCUGAACGAAACCGAAGAGAAAAAUACCAAUUUAGAACAAGAAGUAAAACAGAAAGACGUACAAAUAUCCGAUCUUAAACAAGCAAAUGAUGAACUGAACCAACAGAUUCAACAAUCUGAUUCGAAUGACGCAAACAUAUCGAAUCUCGAAAAAGAAAUCGAUCGUCUGAAGCAGGAGUUGGAAGUUAAGACGUCACAGCUGGACGAUGUAAAAAAGACCGCUCAGGAAAUCAACGGUUCUAAAUGUAUCCAAUUGGCUUGUGCCCAAGAGGAAAUGGCGAGUUUGAAGACUGAAAUAAGCAAUAUUUUGAAUAGGCAAUAUAGCUUAAAACGUGAGAACGAAGAAAUGCAGAAGCAGACAGCUCAGUUUCAUUGUAGCAUUAAUUGUCUAAGUGAACAAAAUAAAGUGUUGAAAGAACAAAUCGAGCAGUACGUUGUUCGUAUGAAGAAUUUGAAUACCGAAAAGGAAACGUUGGUAAGGAAAAAUAGGGAAUUGCUGAACGAAUUAAGAUCGUUACAGUCGACGACUUUUAGUAUGGACAAGCAACAACGGCAUGCAAUCGACUCACUCAAACAAAUGGAAUCCGACGUAGAAGAUUUAAAACAAAACAAAGAGGAAAUAUGUUUGGAGAGUAAAAACGUUAUUAAAAAUGUUAGAGCUUGGGUAGAGGAACAAAAAAUAAUUAACGAUCUUAUCAUCAAAAGGGAACAGAUGUAUUUGGAUACAAUUAAAAAAAUGAGCGCCGACAAACAACCAGCUUGCAAAAAGGUAACGGGGCCCAGACCCUGUACCAAAAGAUAUGUAGAUUUCAAACAGACUACUCCCUGGACAUCACCGUGCAGUUUAGGGUCACAAGGUACCGCUUCAGUUUAUGACGACAGUCCCCCGGCUAGUCCUGAUGUUUACAGUGGUAAUGACUGGUAUUCAUCAACAUUUAAGACUGAAUCUGAAAAUGACUCUGGGGAGGAAUAUUGUGUCAAUACUUUGGAAAAUUUAACGCAACAAAUGAGAAAUACCAGUAAAAUGUGGAAUGAAAAGCGCGCAUGUACCGACUGUAAAUUUGCCAAAGAAAAAAAGUGAUUGUGAAUAAUUUAUUUAUAUUAUUUUUUGUAAGAUAUUUAUAUUUUCUAUUUAUAUAUUUAUAACAAACGUCUAACUUAAGUAUUGUGAAACUAAUUUUUUAUACAUUA